UGAAUAUUAAUUCAUAGUUAUAGCAAAACUCCGACAAAAAAUUCAUAAAGAUGAAAAUUGUAUUGAUGGUGCUGGGUGUUGUUGGUCUAAGCUUGGCAGCUUUGGAAGUUCCAGAACACUUGAAGGCGGCAGUAAAGAUUAUGCGAAAAGCAUGUCUUGUUGAAUCUGGGGUAGACGAAAAAUAUGUAAAUCAAAGUCGAGACGGUAAUCUACCCGACAUUCCCAAGCUUGGAUGCUAUAUUCUUUGCUUUUUUGAACAUGCUGGUAUGAUUGAGGAAGACGGAACUAUACAUUUUAAUGAUGUAAUGCAUUUAUUGUCGCCAAGUUUAGCCGAGACCGCUAAAUAUGUUUCUGAAGAAUGCAAAACAAUUCACGGAGAUACGAGAUGUGACACAGCAUGGUUGACAACAAAAUGCUUCUUUGAAAAAGCCCCAGAAGGUUCCGAAUUGCCAUAGAUUCAGCGAAACAUCUCGAAAUAUAACAAAUAAGUUUGGGCGUAUUCUUGUAAUUCUUCUUUUUAUUUUAAAAUUUGUUUGAAAUUCAUCAUUUAGAAAAAAAUUGUAUUAUAAAGCCAAA